AUGCUCAUGUCAAUUCACGCCAAAUACCGUCUUUCCUCUUACAAUCUGUUCUGGCUCUACUAUUCCUUGCUCUGCUUUCCUUGCUCUUGCUGUUCCUUGCUCUGCUGUUCCUUGAUCUUACUAUUCUCUGUGUUCCUAUCUGUUCCUCUUACGCCUGUAACUGCAUUCCUAUGUACAUCACAACUCAAAGUCCAACGUUGGGUCCUUCAUCAAGUCCAACACAGUGCCGUCGGCCGUUUCCAACGUGAAAUGGUGCACGUCGAACGGAACCAACUUCAGCGUCCUCGAAGCUUUCAAACGCAACUUUCCGGCGCCGCUGUCGCCCCGGACACCAAACACAACGUCAAUGUCGCCCCGGACAGUGUUCAAGGGGCCCCAGAUCCAGGGCCACGACGACUGGAAGCCGAUGUUGGGGCCCAAUUCCGCCUUGGCCACAUCGGAUCUCCGCAAACAGUAGAGAACAGAGUUGAUGAUGGGCGAUCUCGUCUUCUCGUAGUUGAAAAUCAACGCACACAGCAAGGUCACGCCCACAGCAUAGACCCAGAAGUAUCUUUUGUUUAG